GUGGUGCUGUCAGAGUCUGUCAGUGCGGUCCAGCGUGUGUGAGUCGGGGCCUACUUUGUUAGUACGUUUUUGAUUGUCGUUGCGUCGGGUUGUGUCGUGGGCUCAUACGUUAGGAACCGGACAGCCGAUUCGGGAGCGCGCGACGCACACGCGGGUAAACAAUAGAGGGCGGAGGAAGAGUGAGCGAUAAACAAUAGUGAGAGCGCGUGAGUGUAUGUGUAACAGUGUAAUCGUGCGAACUGUGUCGUCACCAACGGCCAUGAGCUCCGGCGAAUCUAAACGAUUAUUAUAAAUAAUUACAAGUUUUGCGAAAAAUAUUGCCGUAGCUGCGCAGCAGCCACAUUAAACAGCUACAUCCGAGGACAAGCAGAACAAGAAGAAGAAACAGAAUAGAGGCAGCAAAAAAUACAUCAAGAGCAAUAAAAUUACUAUUGUUUGGAUGGAUUUAUAAUUUUUAUUGUUUGCGCAAUAAAAGUAAAUAUAGCGCGAAGCGCUUAGCCGGGAGAAGAACUUGAAGCGGAAGAUAAAAAUAAUAUUUCCAUGUUUUUAUUUGCCGACCCCUCGACCCCUUGGCCCCCGAAGCUGAAGCUGCUCCAGUGAACAUAGAGAACAACCCCUGAAGCUGGGAAGAAGACAGAGCCGAAACAAACAAAACAAAAAAAAACGAGCGCCAAAACCUUUUAGUGGAAGUAAUGAAAAUUUUCGGUAAUUAUAAUUACCAAAAAUGAGAAUGAGCAAUUAAACUGCGAGUUAGGGAAGGAAAAAAGUAUGAAAAUCAAAGUGAAGGAAGAGAAAGGGCGGAAGAAACGUGAAAACAAGGAGGAAAAGAUCAUUAAAACCACAAUUGAGUGACCAAAAAAAAACUGGGAAAGAAGAUAUUUCAAAAGGUCGAAAAAUUCGCGCUAAAAACGCGACAAUUGCACCACGUGUGUGUUGGUGUGUGCGCGGUGCGAUGACACAAUAGUGAAGAACAGCUCUCCUCGUCACAGGAACUAGAACUCCAGGGGAGCGGCGAGAGUCGUCUGUAUCUGUGUGCCCCAACCACCACCAUCGGGGAAGUUGUGUGCGUGUGUUGGACCCGGUUUCGGGAGAUUGUUUUGAUUAGAGGUGACGACCAAGACGAAGACGAGAUUCUGUAUCAGUGUUUGCCGCGACAUGGUUCCGUACGAAGCCGGAAAUUAAGAAGUGUUCUGUGUUAGAAAAGUGUUUGGACUUACGGAGCGCGCCAAGAUGCCCUCGGACACGCCACCACCGAUCCACCUGUCACCGCACGGGUUGGACACGGAGCGCCGUCCGGCAUCGGUUCCCUCAGCCAUCGCUGGGUUGACUGGAUUUAAGCGAAGCAGUCUGCUGGACAAAUCUUCCGAACCCGUGCUGAAGCCCACGAUGAACCAGAACCAGCAAUUCUGUCUUCGCUGGAACAACUAUCAGACCAACCUGACCAGCGUAUUCGAUCAGCUGCUUCAGAAUGAGUCCUUCGUUGACGUAACGCUGGCCUGUGACGGUCAGUCCAUCAAGGCACACAAAAUGGUCCUGUCAGCGUGCAGUCCCUACUUCCAGACGUUGUUCUUCGAGAACCCCUGUCAACAUCCCAUCGUAAUCAUGCGGGACGUCAAGUGGCCCGAACUGAAAGCCAUUGUCGACUUCAUGUACAAGGGUGAGAUCAACGUGAGUCAGGACCAGAUCGGACCGCUGCUCAAAAUAGCUGAAAUGCUGAAAAUCCGUGGCCUGGCCGACGUCAACGGUGACCAGGAGCUAAACCAAAUCGAAAACCCAGAGCCGUCGGCAAGUGGCACCGAAGAGAGCAACUCCAACAACAGCUCCCUUUCGCGGGAAUUGGCCAAGACGCUCGAGAGCCGUCUCAACCACAGUGACCCGUCCCACAAUAACAACAACAACAAUAAUAACAACACGCCGAGCCACAUGCCCAAAAAGCCGCGAACGUCGCGCGACCACCAGCGUGAAAUUUCAGUCCGGGACUUCCCCCGCGACCUGUCCCGGGACAUGUCCCGUGAGCUGAACGCUGCAGCAGCUGCCGCGGCCGCAGCUGCAGCGGCGGCUGCCGGCGAGUGGCCCCUGGGUUCGGGCCUGGACACCGUGCAGGCCUCCACGCCCAAGAGCAACCGCAAGCGGCGUUGGCCCUCGGGCGAACGGAGCAGCGUGGGCAGUCCGGCCGACAGUACGCCCGAUCAGCUGGAGGUGCCGUCGCCGCUUCCACCGACACCGUCCUCGCAGCAGUCCCAGUCCGGGGGUCCCACCGGACCGCCCCAGUUUUCGAUUCCCCCGGCGCUGGACCAGUCGGCGCUGGCCGGGCUGUCGUCGCUGUCCACCAUGACGAACCAUCCGGACGAUAUGGAGAUCAAGCCGGGCAUCGCCGAGAUGAUCCGCGAGGAAGAAAGGGCGAAACUGCUCGAAAACUCGCAGGCAUGGCUAGGGGCAUCCACGUCUUCGAUCACUGGCACGAAUCUGCUGAAGGAAGCUGCCUGCACACCACCCACAACCUAUGCCGAGAGCUACCAGUACCAGCUGCAGUCGAUGUGGCAAAAGUGCUGGAACAGCCAGAACCUGAUCCACCAUCUGCGCUUUCGCGAGCGUGGCCCGCUCAAGUCGUGGCGCCCCGAAACCAUGGCCGAGGCCAUCUUCAGCGUCCUCAAGGAGGGCCUGUCGCUGUCGCAGGCGGCCCGCAAGUACGACAUUCCGUACCCGACCUUUGUGCUGUACGCGAACCGCGUCCACAAUAUGCUGGGGCCGUCCAUCGACGGGGGAACCGACCUGAGACCGAAGGGCAGGGGGCGACCCCAGCGGAUCCUGCUCGGCAUCUGGCCGGACGACCACAUCAAGGGCGUGAUCAAGAGUGUGGUUUUUCGCGAUACCAAAGAAAUCAAAGAUGACUCCAUCCUGUACGGCAGACACUCGUUUUUAGAGGCAAUUUUCAACAAAAACAGUAAAUCAGAAAAAUUAGAUAAGGCGCCAACCACAAAUGACGAAGCAUUUUAUCAAGAAACACCCUUCCCGUUCCAAGACAACCCACUGAACUACGCCCCAAACGCUAACGGUCAGCUGCAGCCGGGCGUUGCCGGCGCUGGCCCGACCGACGGGAUGACACAGGACGCACUGACGGCGGCAACGGUGGCCGCCGUCCGGCAACAGAUGUGCAACAUGGUGGCCGCCGCCCAGCACCACCCGGAUGCAGCCGCAAAUCUAGUGGGGUUCAACCUGCAGCCGCCACAUCCCCACUCGAACCUCAGCAUCCAUCCGUCGGUGGGAAAUAACGGUGCCGGCGGAUCGAGCGGCAUUCCGGUGCCCAAGCUGGGCUCGCCGGCCGUCCACAACAACAACGGCGGCGGAGGUGGUGUAGGCGGUGGCAUCCAGAUGCCACGGCUGGGAUCCCCGGCCGGUUCCAGCUUAGCGACGACAACGACCCAAGGCAGCAAGGAGCACGAUCUGCAGCAGCACCUGCAACACCACGGUGGCAACGUUCCCUCGAGCACUUCAACCAACAGCCGUGGCAGCAAUUCCCACCCCAGCUCAAACCACCAUCCCCACCAUCCGUUGGCCCACCUCAACAGUGGCAGUCUCAGCAUAACCCGGCUCGGAUCUCCGGCGUCCGCCCACGAUCUCCGUCUGUCCACUCCCCCGACCGAGGACCGGAGCCCCCUGCCCUCUCCCAUGGCAAUGAUCCUUGAACCCGCGGUCAACUUGGCCGUCGGAGGAGGACCCAUCCCAGCAUCGAACCAGCAGCAACACCACCAGCACCACGCCGACCAUCUGAACCAGACCGGGCCCGGCGGAAUGCCCCCGGUGUACGGCAGCAGCAGCAAGUCUUCGUCCCGGGCCGGCUAUUCGUCGUCGUCGUCUCCACCGCGGCCCGAACAUCUCUUCCAGGACCAGGACCUGACCGAGCUGGUUGCGGCCCAACGAAACGCGGCCCAAAAGGACGCGUCCUCGUCGUCGGCGGCAGCGGCGUCACCUCGGCCGGCCAUCAAGAUGGAACCGAUGACGGAGUGCAGGGCGGAUUAAGCGGGGAGUUUGUUGGGAGGGGGAGGUGGUUUAGCUUUUAGUUUAGUUUAAAUUUUGUUUUUUCUUUUGUUUUGUAUUAUGCGAUAAAACAACAAUUAUGAGAAUGGACAGGGAGAAAAACUUGGGGAGGUCUGUGGUGUGGUUUGGUGCCGGUUUGUAAAUUGAUGAUUUUUCAAUAUAUUGUUUAACAAAAGAGCCAGUAAUUAUACUACUUUUUGCAAUUCGGUUUUGAAAAUACAUUUCGACUUUCUGGUUGUCGAUCUUCUUGA